UUUGCAAGAGACAUUCGAAAUGUGAUAGAGCAAGCAGGAGUUGUUGGAAUCAAGCAAAUGAUUCUUACAGGGAAUACCCUACAGAUGAGCCAGUCAGCUGUCCUUCAAGCCAAGGCAUAUCCUAGGGUGCUGUUUGCUUCAGUAGGGGUACAUCCGCAUUUUACAGAGAAAGAAUGGAACAGUAAAACCGCAAAAGAGAUUGAAGAAUUAGCUAAGGAUCCUGUAGUAGUGGCCAUUGGUGAAGUUGGGUUGGAUUUUCACAAGAAUUAUUCAUCAGAAAAGGCCCAGAUUGAAGCAUUCACAAAACAGGUCUUGUCUUAAAUCAAUCAGUUAAUCAUUAUUGCAUGUAAUCAAUCAAUCCAGCAAUUAGUCACCCAGCCAAUAAAUUAAUUGUUAUAUAGCUGGAAAUUUCUUCCCAACAACAUGCACUCUCAUUGGUUGCUUCAAGGACAUACGACAUCUAACAAUGAAACUGUUUCCUGCCAAAAUCUCUGAGCAAGCACCAUUGCAUACAAUCUAUGACGUCAGAGGGUAACAAUACACUGUAACCCACGAAUAUUGACUGACUACGGCCUUUGCAGUGAGGUUUUAUGUAUAUUUUCCAGUGUCAAAAUUUCCUCUUAAAGAUUGGUCCCUCAGGAAACAGUUAAUUUUGUUUGCCGAGAAUCUCAACCAAGCUGAAGCCAAGGGAAACACUGAGAUUUGAGGGAAACAAAAUUAAUUGUUUCCUGACAGAACAGUCAUUAAGUGUUUAUUAUACAAGCAAGCAAGGAAGCAAUCAGUUAGUCAAUCAGUCAAUCAAGCAGUCAAUCAAUUUGUUCAUUUAUAAUCACAUUUUUUUAGUUUGUUUGUUUUGUUUGUUUUCAACUAAUUCUUUUAAGAAUGUUUGGGGAUCAGUCUGGAGAAUUUUUGUGUAGAUGAUGCCCAGAGGUCACCCUUGCUAGUGUCCACAUGAUAGAGAUGUCUGCUAGAUACAGGCUCAUUUUCAAGGUCAAGCCAACCUUUGCCUGGCUAGACAAAUUGGAUAAGCGCCGGUCUGCCGAGCAGGAGGUUGUGAGUUUAAACCCUGGCUAGACCAACGCUCAGGGUCUUAAAAUACCUGAGGAGAAUGUACUGCCUUUGUUUUGACAUCUACAAGAUUAAUGGUUAGACAUUCCAGUCUUCUCAUAUAAGGAUGAAAAACUGUAGGCCCUGUCCGGCAGCUCUUUCACUGUUCUGAUUCUUGUGGGACUUGAAAGAACCCACACUGCUGAUCGUAAAGAGUAGGGGGCAUAGACCCCGGUAGUGUGGUACAGCCUUUCGUAGGCUGGGUGGGUAAUGAAGGGGAUGAUAUCAGGAUGCAAGUACUGUUUCAUCCCCUGUCACCGUGUUGAAUCACUGUGGCGAAUUCAAUAAAGAAUGCAGCGUAUUGACUCCCGUGUUCUCGUAACCUACAGUCUGCAUAACACAGCCCUCAUGUCUCUAAUUUACAUUGUAACAUUGAAUGGCCUGCAUUUUUUUCUUGUCAGGUUGCCAUUGCUUGUGAAGUUCAGAAACCACUUUUGGCUCAUGAGCGAGGUUCCCACCAGAAGUUCAUUGAAGUUUUGAGCCAGUUUAGUGGCAGAUUACCUUCUAUUGUGAUCCACUGCUUUACUGGCAGUGUUUCUGAAAUGAGCGCUUAUGUUUCAAUGGGAUUCUAUAUUGGAAUCUGUGGUUUUAUUUGCAAAGGUGAGUGUUCAGUAUUCUUAGAAUUGUAGUUCAGAUCAGAAGUUAAAUGAAAUGUUGAGACCUUUCACUUCAUUACAGCAGUGCUCGUUAUGUUUGACUAUAAAAAAAGUACCAAAUUUAGGCCCUGGUCACUCUCUGGAUUGUAAGGGUUUUGCUUGCAUCUCUUUCUCAUAUCUGCACUUUCUAAUCAAAUUUGUUUUGCUGUCUUCAGAGGUCCCAGGCAAAGCUUUGCGCGAUGCUCUCAAAGAAGGAGUGCUUCCUCUCGACAGAAUUCUGCUUGAAAGCAAUGCUCCCUACAUGACGCCAAACGCCUCUGAUAAAGAGCUGGAUGAUGUUUGUAAAUCUCUUCUUAAAAGAUGCAAGCGAGGACGAAACGAGCCCUGCACUUUACCCAUCGUGGCGCACAUCGUGGCAAAAUGUCUUGGAGUUGAUGCAGAGGAGGUAGCCAGGGCCUCAGCUGAAAACACGAGGAGAGUUUUUGACUUAAUGGCGUCACAAUCAGCGAGCCAAGAUAACAAGGAUCUGAAUAAGUAA